AUACUCGGAUCGGUGCGGACGACAGGUGGCGGUAGGAUCGAAGGUUCCGCGUCGUUUUCCGCCAUCUUUAGUUGACGGAUUCGAGGCAGGAAAGGCCAAGUGUUCCGUGCGGAGAAGCGAUAGGUGGAUCGAGCGUCGAAGACAAAAGAGAAAUUAGUGGAUCGAGCGUAAGGUAGUGAGUCAUUCGUGUCUUCGAAGCACGAUUCACGAAAUCGCCUUCGGUCGAUCCUCGCGAUACGGUGUGGAUAGACUCUCCCGUAGGAGCCAUGAGUUACCAAAUGUCUUCGAAUCAGACCAGACCAAUGUCUCACGGAAAUUAUCAAGGUUUGGGCGAUAUGCCGAUGGGUUCUGCCAAAGAACAAACAUUGAUGUGGCAGCAAAAUUCGUACAUGGGCGAUUCAGGAAUUCAUUCAGGUGCCGUCACUCAGGCACCGUCUUUGUCAGGCAAAGAGGAUGACGAAAUGGAAGGCGACCAAUUAAUGUUCGACUUGGACCAGGGAUUUGCUCAGGGUUUCACGCAAGACCAAGUCGAUGAAAUGAAUCAACAAUUGAAUCAUACCAGAUCUCAGCGUGUUCGUGCAGCCAUGUUUCCAGAGACACUGGAAGAGGGAAUAGAAAUUCCCUCUACGCAAUUUGAUCCUGCUCAACCUACGGCUGUACAGAGAUUGGCAGAACCGAGUCAAAUGUUGAAACACGCUGUUGUCAAUUUGAUAAAUUAUCAGGAUGACGCGGAUCUCGCGACACGUGCAAUACCAGAAUUAAUUAAAUUGUUAAACGACGAGGACCAAGUUGUUGUGUCAAAAGCGGCGAUGGUAGUCCAUCAACUUUCUAAGAAGGAAGCGUCGCGUCAUGCUAUCAUGAAUAGUUCUCAAAUGGUAGCUGCAUUGGUACGUGCCAUUUCGAACAGUGACGAUCUCGAAUCGACGAAAGCCGCGGUUGGCACGUUGCAUAAUUUAUCGCAUCACAGACAAGGCUUGUUGGCUAUAUUCAAAAGCAGUGGAAUACCGGCUCUGGUAAAGCUGUUGAGCUCUCCGAUGGAAUCUGUACUUUUUUACGCCAUAACCACUCUUCAUAACUUAUUGUUGUAUCAAGAUGGAUCGAAAAUGGGUGUGCGACUUGCCGGAGGUUUGCAAAAAAUGGUUGCACUGCUUCAGCGAAACAAUGUAAAGUUUCUAGCUAUAGUAACGGAUUGUUUACAAAUUCUGGCAUUCGGUAAUCAGGAGAGCAAGUUAAUUAUAUUGGCUUCUCAAGGACCAAUAGAGCUAGUACGCAUUAUGCGUUCAUACGAUUACGAGAAGCUUCUGUGGACGACGUCGAGAGUCUUGAAAGUGUUGUCUGUUUGUGCCAGCAAUAAACCGGUAAUAGUCGAAGCUGGUGGUAUGCAAGCGCUCGCGAUGCACCUCGGUAAUCCGAGUCAGAGACUCGUCCAGAAUUGUUUAUGGACGUUAAGAAAUUUAUCGGAUGCCGGUACCAAGGUUGACGGAUUGGAGGGCUUGCUACAAAGUCUCGUACAAGUUCUCAGUUCCACCGACGUGAACGUCGUCACGUGUGCUGCUGGUAUCUUAUCGAAUCUUACUUGUAACAACCAACGCAACAAAGUAACGGUAUGUCAAGUGGGAGGCGUCGACGCCCUCGUACGUACCAUCAUUUAUGCGGAUAGUCGAGAAGAAAUCAGCGAACCCGCGGUAUGCGCGCUUCGUCAUUUGACGUCGCGUCACGCGGAAGCAGAAAUGGCACAAAAUUCUGUUCGUCUAAAUUAUGGAAUUCAGGUGAUAGUGAAACUUUUACACCCACCUUCACGUUGGCCACUGGUUAAAGCGGUUAUAGGAUUAAUUCGCAACUUGGCUCUGUGCCCCGCGAAUCACGGUCCGUUACGUGAUCAUGGGGCAAUUCAUCAUCUGGUUAGGCUCCUGAUGCGCGCUUUCCCCGAAGCACAAAGGCAGCAACGAUCGUCCGUGGCGAGUACCGGAAGUCAGCAAACGGAUGGCGGAGUUCGAAUGGAGGAAAUAGUAGAAGGCACGGUAGGGGCGCUUCAUAUACUCGCGAGAGAAUCGCAUAAUAGGGUCGUCAUCAGAAAUCAAAACGUGAUUCCAGUUUUCGUACAGUUAUUGUUUAACGAAAUCGAGAACAUUCAGCGCGUAGCAGCUGGAGUGCUUUGCGAACUUGCCGCUGAUAAGGAAGGUGCCGAGAUGAUCGAACAAGAAGGUGCUACCGCUCCUUUAACGGAGCUGCUUCAUUCUAGAAACGAAGGAGUCGCGACGUACGCGGCAGCCGUGUUAUUCCGUAUGAGCGAAGACAAGCCACAAGAAUACAAAAAACGACUUUCCAUGGAGCUUACGAACUCGCUGUUACGCGAGGACACAAAUCUCUGGAACAACGCUGAUUUCGGAAUGGGUCCAGAUCUACAGGACAUGCUUGGCCCUGAUCAAGGCUAUGAUGGUAUGUAUGGACAAGGACCCCCUAGCGUACACAGCAGCCACGGAGGUCGAGGGUAUCAACCGCAAGGUUAUGACCAGAUACCAGUAGAUUCGAUGCAAGGGUUGGAAAUAGGCGGAGGGUCGACAUAUGGCGCGAUGGACACUAUGGACGUAGCGCACGAGGGUGACCUGAGUUUCGAUCAUCUGGAGGAGCUUCCUGCACCGCCGCAAGAUAAUAACCAGGUUGCAGCUUGGUACGACACCGAUCUCUGAAACCGUGCCAGCACCGAAAUCUCACCGGAGAAACGGACUCGUGAGGCUCUCAAGUAAUUUCAGUACAGACUAGUAUCCUCGUUUUACUCUCGCCCUGUUAUCGAUCUAACUCGAAAGAACUUUGACGAAGAAUCGUGGAACAAGAGGUUCCUAGAGUAAUCGUAAGCUAGAAGAAAUCGUACACGAGCGCGGAGCAACUUUAAGCUUGUUUUUACGCGAAAGAGACAGGGUACGAAAACGUGAAAUAUAUAUAUAAAUAUAAAUUACUACGGAAUUAAUAUCAUUCUCGAGUAUCGGUGAAUUACAAUCACGUAUAAAUAUAAACGAAUAUCAAUGAACUUUCGCAUUACGUAUUUUACAGGGUAGUUUAUACUUAAUUUUUAUUAUUAUCAUUAACGUAGUUACGCAAUCGUGGCGAGAUACCGUGCAUCGUGUUCGAUGCCCCCGUAUGCGCCUCCGAUCGCUGUCGAUGUAUUAGACCUAAGAAAGAGACACGUAAUUCGUACACACCAUGUAUAUGUAUCGUUUAAUUGUCCAUACGAAUAAACUGAGCGAUUAAGUACUCGAAUUGUU